AUGGUCAAUCACGGCGUUUCGAGGGCUUGCCGCACGUACUCCGGACUCUCUUGCAACGUGUGCAUACGUGCUGGGCGAAUAUGCCUGGGCUACGAAUCAGAAGGGGACCUGGUAUUUCGUCACCAUCGCGCAGCCAGAUUCGACGUGCUGGUCUCGUCACCUCCCCGCCAGCUGCCCGUUGGGGAUGACUACUUUGUGGCCCACGCGGUUGAGUUAUUUCGACGCGAAUACUGCGUCCGUCCUGCGGUUGCAGAGCUCUCCCGCGGCUAUCUGCAGGGUGUAUCGAGAUUGCUGCGCCAAGAAGAUGGCGAUGCGAUCAGGGCAUGCAAGGCCAUGGUACUCCGCAGCCUCGGCGAGCGGCAGAACAGACCGGGGCUCAUUGAGAGAGCCCACGAUCUCUAUCAUGGCAGCAUCCAAUCUCUCCGAGCCAGAGUGUCGGAUGAGACGUUCAUACAGUCACCCAAGGCUUUGGCUGUCAUCACACUCUGUGGCUUAUACGAGAUAUCGGGUCAGAAAUGA